GUGACACAGGGGACUCUAGGGACUCAAGGGACACAGGGAACACAAGGGACACAGGGGACACAAAAGUACAAAAGGGACACAAGGAGACACAAGCAACGCAAGGGACACAAAGGGACACAGGGUACACAAGGGAUACAAGGGACACAAGGGGACACAAGGGAGACAGGAGACUGAGUGCACACAAGGGACACAGGGGACACAAGGGCUCCAUGGGACACACGGGACACAGGAGACACAAGGGACACAGGGGAGUUAUGGGACACGGGAGACUUAUGAGACACAGAAGACACAAGGGACGCAGCCGACACAGGCGACACAGGGGACACAAUGGACAUAAGGGACACAGGGAACACAGGGAACACACGGGUCGCAAUGGACAUAAGUUGACCAAGGCACACACGGGACACAGAAGAAACAAGGGUCACAGGGGACACAAGUAACAAACGUGACCCAGGGGAGACGAUGGACAUAGAGGACACAGGAGAGAGAAGGCACCCAAGGGACACAGGGGUCUCUUGGGGACACAAGGGCACAUGGGACACAAGAGGACAAAAGGGACACAAGGGGACACAGGGGACACAAGGGGACACAGGAGACUCUGGGCACACAGGGGACAGAAAGGACACAGCGGACACAAAGGACACAGGGGACACAGGGAACACAGGGGACACAAAGGGAUAGAAAGGAGAAAAGGAGACAAGAGACGCAGGGGACACGGGGAAACACAAGGGAUUCAGGGGACUCAGGGGACACAAUUGGAAACAAGGGAGACUGGAGACACAGUCAACACAAGGGGACACAGGGGAGAGAAGGAGACACCAGGUACACAGGUGUCACGAGGGACAUAGGGGACAAAACUUGACCUAGGGGACACAAGGGACCCAGGGGACAGAACUGACACACUGAACUAUAGGGACUUAGGGGACACAAAGGAACGCAGGGGACAAGGGAACAUAAGGGACACAGGGGACACAAAGGGACACAGGGGACAGAAAGGUACAAAAGGGACACAAGGGAACACAGGGAACAAAAAGAAACAGAAAGGUACACAGGGGACACAAGGGGUCAUGGGCGACACAAGGGGACAUUGGGGAUACAGGGAUUACAACGGACACAAUAGGGCACAUGGGACACAAGGGUACACAGGAGACACAAGGGACACAAGGGGACACACAAGGGAUACAAGAGACACAAGGGGACAAAAGCAACACGGGAGACUCAUGGCACACAAGAGGGCUCCAUGGGACACUGGAGACACAAGGGACACAGGGGACAAAGGAGACACAAGGAAACAAGGGGACACAUGGGACGCAGGGGACACGAGGGACACAGGGGACACAAGGGACACAGGGUCACUUGGGGACACAAGGGACACAAUGGGACAAAAGGGACACAAGGGCACACAGGAGACACAAGGGAUACAAGGGGACACAAGGGACACAGGAGACUCAGGGCACACAAGGGACACAGGGGAUCCAUGUGACACAAGGGACACAGGAGACACAAGGGACACAGGGGACACAGGGUACAGAAGGGGACACAUGGGACGCAGGUGACACAAUUGGAACAAAGAAACACAAAGGUACACAGGGGAUACAAGGGGACAUAGGAAACAAAAGGGAUACAGGGGACAGAAAGAACAGACGGUCUCCAUGGGACACAGGAGACACAGGGGACACAAGGGGACACAUAGGACGCAGGUGACAUGAGGGACACAGGAGACAAGGGACACAAAGGGACAUAGGGGACACAAGGGACACACGAGAGUCAUGGGACAGAAGGAACACAAGGGACACAUUAGACACAAGGAAGACAGGGGACACAAGGCACACAAGAGGACAUAUGGGACACAGGAGUCACAAGGGAGACAAGGGGACAUAAGAGACACAGGGGACACAGAGGACACAAAGGGACACUGGGGAUACAUGGGACACAGGGGACAUAAUUGAAGACCAGGGACACAGGGGACACAGGAAACUCAAAGGGACACAGGGGACACAAGGGGACACAACGGACAGGGGGGACACAAAGGUACAAAAUGGACACAAGGGGACACAGGGAACACAAAGGGAUACAGGGGACACAAACGUACAGAGGGGACUCAAGAAUACACGCGGGACACAAGGGGUCAUAGGGAACACAAGAGAUACAUGGGACACAAAGGGACACAGAGGACACAAAGGGACAAAGGUGGACACAAGGGGACAAAGGGAAGACAAGAGACACAGGGGAGAGAAAGGGACACAGACGACACAGGGAGGACGAGAGACACAGGGCAGAGAAAGGGACACAGAGGACACAGGGGACACAAAGGGACACAGGGGACACAAGGGGACACAAGGGACACAGGGGGCACAGGAGGCACAGUGA